AUGUUGAUGAGUUUGUUUGUGGAGAACAAGGGUAAUCAAGCAAACCAAGAUGAGAAGAUCAAUGUCUUUCACCAAAGCAUGAGCAAGCUUGAGAUACAAAUGGGGCAACUAGCCCAUGAGUUGAUCCAAAGGAAACAAGGAGUGUUUCCAAGCCAAGUGGUCAACAAUUCAAGGCAUGAAGCCAAGGCCAUCACUAUUUUGAGAAGUGGGAGGCAAGUUGAGAAAAAUGUGUACAUUUCCACUAAUGAAGAAGUUGUAACUCUAAGCGAGCCACUGGGUUUUGAAAGGAGAUCAAAGCAUGAGCAAGUUGUGUUGGACUACAAUGAAGGACAAGAUGAGGUCUUGAAGAACAACUCAAAUUCCAUGGCCAACCAUGAAAAAGAAAUGUCCAAUGAUCAUUCAAUCGAGAGACCAUUCCAAAGAGGUAUCACUUUUAAUCCUCCUUUGAAGAUUGUGCAAGAAGAAGAAGUGUCUCUCCCUUACCCUCAAGCUCUAUGCCAUGAAGACAAUCCCACUUAUGCUAAGUUCUUGAAGGAUAUGUGCAUGAAGAAGAAGAAGUUCAAAGAACAUGAGCAAGUGGCUCUUUGUGAAGAAUUAAGUGCUAUCAUUCAAAGAAAGCUUUCACAAAAGCUCAAAGAUCCGGGAAGCUUCACUAUUCCAAGCAAGAUUGGAAAAACUACUUUUGACAAGUGCUUGAUGGAUCUUGGGGCAAGUAUCAAUUUAAAGCCCUACUCGGCUUUGAAGAAGCUUGGUCUUGAAUGA